AUGGGACAAGAAGCAAAUGAUAUGACAUUUUUAAUGAACUCAUGCAUGAGAAACGAUUUUAAUAUAUUUAAAUAUAAGAAAUUGAAGAAAAGUAGGGAAAUAAUUUUAUUCCCUGAUGAUGAAGGAAAUUAUGAAGAAAAUCACGAGAAAUUAGAAUUAGCUCCAAUAAAUGUUGGUGAAUUGAAUGUUACUGCUAUAGAUAAAACAGAAAUGACUGCAAUUUCUUAUUGUAUCGACAAAAACAACAGAGAAUUGCUAAAUCGUUUGCUAAAAAUGAUUGCAGAGAAUGAUGUUGAGUUGUAUAAGACAGCAAUUGUCACAGAUCUUCAGAUUUGUAUAGAUGCAGGAUUAACACAGUUUUUCGCAGAAAUUACUGGUGCAAUUGAUCACUUUGCAACAGAGAACAAGGAUAAACACGAAUUAAAACCAAUAAUCUUUGAAUUUUCCAGAAAAGAAAAUUAUUAUUUUUAUCAAAUUGAUAAUAAGCGGGAUUGCUUUAUUCUUAGUUGCAUUGCUCAAGACAAUUGGUUCUUUCAAGAAAUUAUUCAAUCAUGGAAAGGAAAACCUUAUAAUGUGACAAAUGAUGGUUGGACGCCACUUCUAAUAGUUCUAAAUAAUAACGAUGCAACCAAAUUCACUUUGAUGCAGCAUGCUAAUUAUAAAAUAGAGAAAAAACAGGUUAAACCGGAAAAAUUGAAUCCAUUAAGAAUUGCUACCCAAACAACAAUCCCAGGAGCGUUUGAGUAUGUCAUGAAUGCACUUCCUGAUGAUUAUAAAAGAGAAAUUGUUAACAUUGAAGAUGAAUCUGAAUCCUUCCCACUUUUCCCUGCAAUUAAGAACAGGAACAUGAAUAUGGUAAAAGAGUUACUUAGAUUGGGUGCUAAUCCAGAUAAAGCAAACAAAAAUGGAGUAACUUCAACUUUCUAUGCAUAUAUGUGGUCUGGGCAAUUCUAUAACUCCUUCUUAGAAGCAGUUAAAGAAAAUGCCAAACAUAGGAAAUAA